CGCUGGGGCUGUUGUACAGGGUUCCAAUUCUGAUUUUGGUGGGGUUGAACCUUGCUGGUCAUGGGAAUUGCUGUACUUUGAGCUGCCACGAGUCACACUUUUACCCCUUCUUUUUGAACAUCAACUGAAAUGGAAACCAUUGUUGAGCCUUGGGCUCCAAUGUUUCAACACCACAAAAGGGAUGGAUUCGAAGUAACCCCCCCUGGUGAUUGAAUUAUGUUUCAACCAUAUUAGUUGCCGGUUUGGGCUGGGGGCAGAUUCUUGUGGUGAUGUUGUGGUGGCUUAUGGACUUCACCACCCGGGCUACCUUGUGACCUGUGUGGAGGAGAAGGACAUAUGCAUGGCUAUUCCCACCAUCACACCUUUGACCUUCACUCUCUUUUUGGGUCAAUUUUUUUGCAUGAGCAUGGUGAUGCCAUACCCAGUCUGAUGUGGAUACUAGUACCAUAACCUCUGGCAUUUGGCAAUGGUGUCUCCUUCGUUCAUGGGUACGACAUUUCAAAACUGAGGGUGAACCUGAUGAUCCUAGCAUUGCUGAGGGAUAUGUUGAUGUAGUGGCAGUCAUUAACGCUUGUGACCCUCCGGUUUUGGUGUCUAUGUUGAUGUAGUGGCAGUCAUUAACGCUUGUGACCCUCCGGUUUUGGUGUCUUGAUGAUUACCAAGGCUCUCAUGACCAUGGACGCUUAAAUGUUCCAAUGAUGAAGGAACGAACCCAUACCUUCGGAGGAUAUUUUGAAUGAUCAUGCUUUUGAGGAAUACGAUGAGGAUGAUGACGCGCGAGGACGAGAUAGGACCUGGGGAUGUGAUGGUCAUGUUCUGCGUGGUGUUCAUUUUCCUUGUGCUUGUACUUGUUUACUCAUGUUUUGUUGAUGGGCGUGCGUCCCUUGGCAUGUGUGCCAUUCUCUCUUUUUGGAAAAAUGCUAGGGGAAAAAGAAAAAGAGAAAUUCGUAUUGGGCUCAAGUCUCAUUCUUACUGCAAGCCCAAUUCCUUUGCUCUGAAACCCUACAUUUUCUUGUUAUUAACCUACCGCCUCUCUCCGUUCUUCAGAUUGCAGACUUACGUACUCGAGGCGAGAGCAUCUGGGUUCACCUUCUUCCCUUCCUUUGAGCAGCGGCGGCGAGAACCAGGAUCUGCAAGGAUGGAUAACCAAAUCAAGUAUGCUGUUGUGGUGAGGGUAAUGGGUCGCACCGGAUCCCGGGGUCAAGUGACCCAGGUGAGAGUCAAGUUUAAUGAUGACUCCAAUAGGUUUAUCAUGAGGAACGUGAAGGGACCAGUCCGAGAGGGCGACAUCCUAACUCUUCUGGAGUCUGAGAGGGAAGCCCGGAGGCUGCGCUGAAGACCUUCUCGGGGGAUGGUAUUAUCGUUAGAGAGGGUUAUGAUUGUCAUUCCCUCUUUUAAGCUUUUGGUUUUUGGUAUGUUGGGAUGACUAUGUUCCUGUUUUUUGAAGUUUUCUUGAAAGUUUGGUUUAAAUAUGUUUGGAUGAGAAAUCAUGACUUGAUGGUUUUGAUCAUGUGAGACUUCCUUAUUAAGUAAACUAGUUGGUGUAUUGCUAAGUGGUGUGUUAUUUGUGUUAUGAUCAUUGCUUGUUCUUUAUGCCCACAACCAUUUUGUCAACUAUUAAGUUAAAUU